AUGGGCUGGAAAGAUCAUCUGAAACGCCUCAAGAAUGAGGUCGAGCAGCUGAUUGCGGAGCCGGGAUCGCAAAACUCUCAACAAUCUCAGGCCCCGCCCCCUCAACAGCAGCAGCAACAGCAACAACAAUAUGCGCCGCCACCGCAGCAGCAGCCGAUGGGAGGACAGCCUGGACAUGUUUACUGGCAGCCCCAGUUUAGACCCGAUGUGCCCGUGACUCAGGAUUGGGAUGCGAAGAUUGGCAAUGGACCGGACGGUUGGGGUAAUCAGGAGCUGCAGCACUACACCGCCGAGCAGCAGAACGCCUUCCACACUCCGGAUGGAAAACUCGUGCUCCGAGCCGUCGCCAACAACAGCUGCCCUAACCCCGAGCAGAAGUACACGUCUGCUCGCCUUGUUAGCAGACAGACGCUGGCGCGGGACCAGGGUGUCUUGACUGCGGUCAUUCUUUCACCAUGUGCUAAGGGCAUCUGGCCUGCUUUCUGGCUUCUUCCGCAGGAGCCGUUCGCAUGGCCCACGGAUGGCGAGGUUGACAUCGCAGAGACCUGGAACGGCGACUGCGAGAACCACUCGUGCCUUCACUGGGGACAGCACCACGAGCCGGAUAAGCACCGUGUUCUUGGAACCAAGAUCCCGGAUAUGCAGUACCGACCCGUGAGGUACGACUUGGCUUGGGUGCAGCCUGGUGGGCAGCCUGGGCAGGGCAGGAUGAUUUGGUACAUUGAUGGAAGACCGGUGAUGAAGGGGGAUAUCCCUCCAGGGACGCGACCUAUGAGGGACAUGACCAUCUUGUUGAAUGUGGCGAUGGGAGGCAAUGUGUGCGGUGGAAAGACACCCAGAGAUGGAUACUAUGAUAUGGUCGUUCACCAGCUGUACAUGGGAAGCGAGCCGGAAUAUGGUGGAUGGCAGAGGUUUGAGAACGACUGGGCAGACACGCAGUUGGGUAACACAUACUAG